AUGUGGGCAUACGGACUGCUACUGAGGCGGGGGGAACCGACGCCCCCGGCGGGGGGAACCGACGCCCCCGGCGGGGGGAACCGACGCCCCCGGCGGGGGGAACCGACGCCCCCGGCGGGGGGAACCGACGCCCCCGGCGGGGGGAACCGACGCCCCCGGCGGGGGGAACCGACGCCCCCGGCGGGGGGAACCGACGCCCCCGGCGGGGGGAACCGACGCCCCCGGCGGGGGGAACCGACGCCCCCGGCGGGGGGAACCGACGCCCCCGGCGGGGGGAACCGACGCCCCCGGCGGGGGGAACCGACGCCCCCGGCGGGGGGAACCGACGCCCCCGGCGGGGGGAACCGACGCCCCCGGCGGGGGGAACCGACGCCCCCGGCGGGGGGAACCGACGCCCCCGGCGGGGGGAACCGACGCCCCCGGCGGGGGGAACCGACGCCCCCGCGUAAUACAGUUAUGAAGAGCUUCCCAGAGGGCACAGUCAGUCAUCAGAGCAUACUGAUGACAGCCAACCUCUUACUACUGACAUGGGAACUAUUGCAAGUUCAUACACCUACAGCCAACUACAAACAUACUUAA